AUGCUUGCACGGGCACGAACAGCACUCUCGCACUCGUACAGGGGACUGCGUGCCGUUUCCACGCAGGCAGACGCUGCCGCCGCCGCUCCCCCUCCUCCUCCGCCUCCUCCUGCUUCGACCCCGUCUACCUCCUCCGCUUCUGCCGCCUCUCCGUCUCGCGCACCACAACCCUCGACCUCGUCCACUCCCUCCCCUUCGUCACCCGCGGUCGCCUACACCGAGUGGGAUCCCAAUUCGACAGACCCGACGCCCGUCUGGGAGCACCACGUCCCGCUGAAACCGACGCACGGCGUGCACGUCGGGACCCUGCACCUGCGCUCCUACACCCAGUCGCGCGACGACCUCACCUUCUUCACCAACUUUGCCCUGCGCGCCGCACGCGCACUCGGCCUCCCUACCUCGGGCGCGACGUACCUCCCCACGCGGGUGUGGCUGCGCACGGUGGUGCGGAGUCCGUUCGCGCACAAGAAGAGCCAGCAGAACUUUUGGCGCCGGACGCACAAGCGCGCGAUCAAGGUCUACGACGGCGACGAGCGGAUCGUCCAGGCUUGGUUUGCGUACCUCUCUUCGCAGGCCAUGCCCGGUGUCGGCAUGAAGGCGCAGUACUGGACGUACAGGCCCGUCGGGUGGGGCAAGAACCUCGUCUCCGAGACCGAGAUGCGCGAGUACAAGCUCGGUCGCGACGUCGCCAAGGCCAAGGUCACGGCUGCGCAGGGAGCGGGCAUGGUCAAGGCGCUCGCGGACAAGCUCGCGCAGGAGUUGCAGGGCGACGUCGAGCGCGCCGAGGCCGAGGGCCAGCUCGACUCGGCCCAGCGGAAGAAGAAGGUCCUCGAGGAGGUCCCCAGCGAGAUCAAGGGCAAGGCGGACGGUGGCAACGCGGCAGCAUAG